UUUCCCGCGCGCGCUGCCAGCUGGGCGGUUUCUGCGCCUGGACCGGCGCCUGUGCCGGGACUCGUUCGCCACCCGAGUGUCCCCAAGUUGUCCCCAGUGACAAUGGAGGCCAAAGAGCUGUUCCUGGUCCUGCUGCAGCCACAGGUCACUGUGGUUGCCAUCCUGGGUGAGCUGCCGGACACCCUGCCCACACGGGACGAGAUGCCGCUCAGGUCCCUAGAGUACCUGCACUUGAAGCUGGUGGACUUCAGCGGGAAGCUCAGCGGCACCAUGAAGUGCAAUGAUGACACCUGGUGGCACCGUGAUGUCACCUCCAACAAUAAAGCCCCUCCUGCCUCCCUGAGCCAGGCUCUGGCCGCCUAUGAGAACACCCCAUGGACCACCUGGGACCAUGUGAAAAUGGAGGCCUGGCACAUGCUGGGGUCGGCGGAUAAGCGGCUGGAGAACUGGGCUGAGCUGGCCAGGGCAGCCCCUGUGCUCCUCAGCAGCUGCAGGGAUUUGGCCGCCGAAGUCACCUCUCUGGAGGCCACUGCCUGGGCCAGGGAGCAGCCGGACGAGAAUGCCUGGUUUUGGGCAGCUCAGAAAAACAUGGUGGAGCUGGGUCAGGCCCGUGGCAAGGAUGAGGAGGCCGAGGUUUUGGCCACGUGGGAAGCCCAGGUGAGGGAACAGGCCAUGGUGGCUGCCAGCGUUGCAACAAGGGCCACCAAGGUGAGAGAGCGGGUGGAGGAGGCCCUGGGGCUGCUGGAGCGCUUGGUGGCCGCGUGUGACGAAGCCACCGUGUUCCCCCGGGAGCUGCAGCGCCUGCUCAGGGACAUCGAGGCUACCCUGGAAGGGACAAAUGAGGCGUCCCCUGAUGUCCCCGAGGGCUUGGUGGCCAAGGUGGCUGUGGUUGAGCGGCUGUGGGAGGCCAACGCCCGCCUGGCCAAGGAUCACCUGCUGGGGACACUUCAAGAUAUCAAGUUCUUUUUCACUACUGGUCCCGACCGCCACAAUGCCUGUGGUGUGGCCGAGCGAUGCCAAAGAGCCAUCGAGGACAUCCCAAGGCUCCUUCAACCUCCGGAGCGUCCCCAGACCAUCCCCAGAGUGUCCCAAUUGUCCCCAGCCCUGCUGCAGCCACAGGUCACUGUGGUGGCCAUCCUGGGUGAGCUGCUGGACACCCUGCCCAGGUGGGACGAGAUGCCACUCAAGUCCCUAGAGUACCUGCACUUGAAGCUGGUGCACUUCUGCAGGAAGCUCGGGGGCACCACGGAGUUCAUUGAUGACACCUGGUGGCACCGCGAUGCCACCUCAAACAAUGAAGCCCGUCCCGCCUCCCUGAGCCGAGCUCUGGCCGCCUACGAGAACACCCCAUGGACCACCUGGGACUGUGUGAAAAUGGUGGCCAGCCACUGGCUGGAGUCAGUGAAUAAGUGCCUGGAGAGCAGCGCUGAGCUGGGCAGGAAGGCCACUGAGCUCCUCAACAUCUGCAGGGAUUUGGCCACUAAGGCGGCCACCAAGGCAGCCGCCGCCACUGCCUUGGCCAGGGAGCUGCUGGCCCUGGCUGCCCGUUAUAGGACAGCUCAGGAAAACAUGGUGGAGCAGGGUCAGGCCCCGGGCGGGGAGGAGGGGGCCCAGGUGGUGGCCAGGUAUGAAGCCCAGGCGAGGAGAGAGGCCAGGGUGGCUGCCAGCUGGGCAACAAGAGCCACCAUAGUGAGACAGCGGCUGGAGGCGGCCCUGUGGCUGCUGGGGAGCUUGGUGGCCGCGUGUGACAAAGCUGCCACAUUCCCCCAGGAGCUGCAGCGCAGGGUUGGGGACAUCAAGGAUACCCUGAAGGGGACAAAUGAGGCAUCCCCCAAUGUCCCUGAGGACUUGGUGGCCAACGUGGCUGAGGCAGAGCGGCUGUGGGAGGCCAACAACCGCCUGGCCAAGGAUCACCUGAGGGGAGUAGUUCAGGACAUCACCAAGUUCUACUUCACUGGUGGUUGCACCAGCCCCAGCACCCAUGGGGUGGCCGAGCGGUGCCUAAGAGCCAUCGAGGACAUCCCAAGACUCCUUCAACCUCCGGAGUGUCCCCAGAGCGUCCCCAAGGUGUUCCUAAUGAGCAUGGAGCUCCAAAAGCUGUCCUUGACCCUGCUGAAGCACAACGUGCUGAGCCCUUCUGGCAUCGCUAUUAGAACUCCAAUCUUGCUGACACUCCCACCUCCUUGUGCCUGGCCCUGGCCACAUGUGAGAAUACCGCAUGGACCACGUGGGGUGAGAAGGGACCGGGUGACAAUGGUGGCCAGCAAGUGGCACAGUUUGAUGUCCACGGAGGACAGCUGGGCCCAGCUGACCAGAGAGGCCAUCAAGCAUCACAGUGUUCUCCCGGGAGCUGCGGCGCGUGGCUGGGCAGAUCACAGACACUAUAAGGGGGAUGGGGGAGCUGUGCUGCAAUUUCCGCUUUGGCAGCCAAGGUGACCAAGGCUGAGUGGCUGUGGGUGGCCAGCAGCCUCCUGGCCAGGGACCACUUGGUGGGGGCACUUGGGGACAUCCACACCAUCUUCAGGUGUGGUGACCCCGAUGGCUCCAUUGCCCGAGCGAUGCCAAAGAGCUGCCAAGGACAUCCCGAAUCUGCUGCAGGGACAAUGAUGUCACCAAUGUGAGGUCAUCAGGGCAGUGACAUCAUUGGGGACAUGGCUGGCAUCACCUGUCCUCUUCCCCCACCUCGCCAUGUAGGAUUUGAAACAAAUAUAGGAAAUUUUCUGGGAAUUUUCACUGAAAUUGAUCCAAAUCCUGAUGGGAAUUCCCAGGGUGGUGUCACUGGGGACACUCAGGGACAUUCUGGGGACACUCAGGGACAGGGGUGAAUGAGUCCCCUCAAGAGCUUCCAGCUUUUCACUGUGCCUGCAGCAGAGAUGGGUUAUAAAUGACACUAACUGACUUCUGCAUUUCUGUAUUGGCUUUUCCGCAUUGUUACUAAUCACCAGCAAUUUGAUUAUGGAGGGGCUUGACAGCUGGUCUGCAAGCAAAGCUGAGUUAAGAGAAGAAAUAACAAUUGAUGGUUUUUGAAUGUUUCCAUAGCAAGGGAGACGACAAGGUCGUCAGCAUGGAAACGGAUUAGAAAAGAUGUCGCAGACAUUUUUUCAUAGAAAUCCUUUCUUUCACAUUUGUCUAUCUUCUGGGAAGCAGAGGCCCAGAAGAAAAAUGUAAACAAUGGUUAUCAGCUGCUGUGAAAUGUAGCAGGUGUCCCUGUGAUUGGCUCAUCUUCCAUGUGUACCAUUAGAGGCCAAUCACAGGAGCAGCUCAGGGACAGAUUCCCUGGGCAAAGAACUUUGUUAUUCAUUCUUUCUAUGCUAUUCUUAGCUUAGCAGCUCUCUGCAACUUCUCUUCUUAUUCUUUUUAGUAUAGUUAUAAUGUAUUUUAUAUCAUAUAUGAAUAAGUCAAGCCUUCUGAUCAAGAAACAAAAUUCUCGCCCUUCUCUCACCACAGUGACCGUCUAAGGUCACUGCAAUAUCUGGUGACCCCUCGUGUCAGAGCAAAAAUUAAUUUGAUAAGACCAGAGGAGCAAAAUUGCUGCAUUGGGAAAAAUCCUGUAUGUGUGGCAAGUGAUGGUUGCUUUGAAGUUACCACAGAAGUGGAUUCAGCCAGGAGUUGCAGAACUGAAGAUCCUGAUUUGGACAGAGUUCACAGCCAAGGCUGACCACAAGUGAACGUUCUUCUG